CCGCGCAUGCGCACAUCGAAAAAGAAAGCAGCCCUCUGGAGCUCUGAACAAAUUUUUAGCUAAAUAGUUUAAAUGCAGUGAUAUUUCUAAUUUAAAUAAAGAUGUCCAAAGCGCCUGUACCGCAGGCCAGUGCGUCAGCAGGCAACUUCGGACCUUCAUCAUCAUCAUCAUCUUCUUCGCCGCCUUUGUCUUGUUCCGCCAACGCUGUGCACGCGCACACGGAGAAGCCACAACAUUACACAUAUCUGAAGGAGUUCAGGACUGAGCAGUGUCCUCUGUUUGUGCAGCACAAGUGCACCCAGCAUCGGCCCUUCACCUGCUUCCACUGGCACUUUCUGAACCAGAGACGUAGACGGCCCAUCCGCAGGCGGGACGGCUCAUUUAACUACAGCCCCGAUGUUUACUGCGCCAAGUACGACGAGGGCACAGGCACCUGCCCCGACGGAGACGAAUGUCCAUACCUGCACCGGACAGCCGGAGACACAGAGCGACGCUACCACCUGCGCUACUAUAAGACCGGCUCCUGUAUUCAUGAGACGGACGCGAAAGGGCACUGCAGUAAAAAUGGCCCCCACUGUGCUUUUGCUCAUGGCUCUCACGAUUUGCGAUGUCCCAUCUACGAUAUUAGGGAGGUCCAGGCUCUGGAGGCUCAGACUGGAUCCAGUUUGAUGGAGAGUGGAGUCGGGGAUGGACAGUCCGGAUUAGUGGCCAGCGCCGCUCUUAUAGAGAAGACACUGUGCGAGGAGCCGCGAUGGCAGGAUAACAGCUACGUGUUGUCGCACUAUAAGACGGAGCUCUGUAAAAAACCUCCUCGUCUCUGUCGCCAAGGUUACGCCUGCCCGUAUUAUCACAACAGCAAAGACCGCAGGCGCUGCCCUCACAAGCACAAAUACAGAGCCUUGCCGUGUCCCUCAGUAAAGCACAGUGACGAGUGGGGAGACCCGAGUAAGUGUGAAAGCGCCGAGAGCUGUCAGUAUUGUCACACACGUACAGAGCAGCAGUUCCACCCUGAGAUCUACAAAUCCAGCAAAUGCAACGAUAUGCAGCAGAGUGGCAGCUGCCCCAGAGGGCCUUUCUGCGCUUUCGCCCACCUCGAGAAAGCAAGUGUGAGCGAGGAUCAGACUUUCCCAGAGUUUAGCUCUUCUCCCUCCUCAGCCCUCUCAGCAAUCACAGACAACCCAGAGCAAAGCCUUCUGGGAAGGAUUCUGUUUGAGGAGACCUCCAUUUUGGAUCCCCUCACUUCCAUCUGGGCUGGAGAGGGGGGUUAUGGGAAAGCGCCCGGCUUUGAACGGGAGGAUCAGGCAAAACAGAAGACGUAUGCAAUGGAACAUCGCAAUAGAGAAAUUGGUUUACAUAGCAAGCCGGAGCUGUCUGUGUACUUACCAGUGGGCAGCCCCCUCAGCCUCUCAUCCAGUGUGCCCUCUAGCCUGGCAGCGACUCCCCCAAGCCCCGCCCCUUCUUCUAGCAUGAAUGCCAACGCGUUGCCGUUCUACCCCACCAGCGACACCGUGGAGUCUGUAGUAGAGUCUGCACUGGAUGAUCUGGACCUGAACGCGUUUGGAGUGUCGGCUCUGGAGAAAAGUCUGGACAGCAGCUCCACGCCCAGCAUGGGACUCAUGUUAGGAGGAAGUCAGCUUCAGAGUUCGGCUCCUGUCAACAUCCCCGGAUCGUUCAGCAGCCCCUCCCCUUUCCGAUCCGCCUCUCCCUCUCCUCCAAUCAGAGCUCACGCUUCUCCAUUUCUGUCUGCCCAGUUACCACCACCCACCCAGUCCGAGAGCAGCUUUUUGGGACCCUCUCAUAGUUCAUUAGGUCUGAAUGGAAUGAGCAGUAGUAUCUGGGAGCAUUUUCCCCUGGGUUGUUCUCCUGGGACACCUCCAGCCCUGCUCUCUACUGGUCCCAUGUUCUCCGAGGCUUCCCGUCUGAAACAGGAAUUGGAGGAGGCUCACAGGGUGCUGAAGCACUGGGACCACAGCUGGAGGCAGAUGUCUCAGUCAUGGGCGGUGCUGAAGGCUGAUGCUGAAGAGGCUCGGUUGCUGGCAGGCCGGUUGGGUUUGGAGGCAGAGAGAGCACGUCAGGCUGAAGAGGAGGUGCAGGAACAGGUUACGCUCCUCAAGGAGGCGCUAGAGAGCUUACGCACAUCCGAUAAUCCAUUACUGCAGCUUCACCAGCUCCAGCUGUUACAUAAACUCCCUCUGGGCUCCAUAUGUAGCCUGCAAACUCAGAUCUGCACCUGCUUGCGGACGGUGGAACAGGCCGUGUACAGGAAGCAGCGGCUAUGUUGCAUGUCGUGUGAGGAUUUGGGCUCCGUGGCAUCACCAUGUCAACACGGUGUGUUUUGCGAACGUUGCGCGUCCUCGGCCAAAUGCCCGGUGUGUUCCGAGCGUCAGCAGAGCCUGAAUCUACCCCAGUCCUAAUCAACAGCCAUAUAAUCCUGAACAGUUCCUUACACUUAGCACUGAACAUGGCUCUGAGCUUCUUCAUCCUCCUCCUGGAGAUUUAGUUCAGUUCCAGCUCAGAUCCCACAGCAUUCCCACAGCCAGGUGCAUCAGCUGCACUACAAGGUUGCACAACUGGCAUCAUUUUAAGUGUACAAAGAAAUCUAAUAAAUAAUAAAAAAAAAAAAAACUCCAUACCCUAUCUUAUAAGUUAGACAAUUUUCUUUGUUGCAAUUGGUUUCAGAAUCCAAACCUCAACUCGGAACACCAAGCAUUGUUUAUUUUAGCACACAAUUUUAGUCAAAUUUAAUAUUCCUUAUUAUUGUGUUCUUCGUUCCGAUCGGACAGGAAGUGCUGAUUAAUCGUCUAUGACAGCAGCUCUAACAGUAGUCCCAUCUCCAAAGCACAGACCGAUAUCGAUGCUCUCGUUCCGAUACGUUUCUAUAGUAACAGUCUACACGUUCGGAUGGCGUCGACUUCAUACACACUUUUUUUUUUUGUUUGUAAGAUGUUAUUUAUCGAUAACAUUUUGGAAGGAGACUUUAGUCUUAGCAGAUUGUGUGUGUGAGUCCGGUUAGGAAAGCACUGUGUUUCAAUGAUGCAUAUAAGAGGACGUAUUAAUAUUAAAGUUAAGCUGGUGCAUCUGGCUGCAUUUUCAGAUACACAGUAUGUUAUGAUGAAUAUGGGUUCUAAUAGUUUCUAGGAAUUUAAUUUUGUAAGCUUUUUGCAUGAAGCCUGAUCUCCAGGAGAAGGUUUGAAACGGCAGAGUAAAACUUUUUACCUCAGCUCUCUUACUUUAUUUCACACACACACACACACACACACACACACACACACACACUUAAUCUUAAUACAGGAAUACGGGUGAUCAUUAGCAGUAUGCAGGUUUCAAACGCACUGCCAGAUCAACAACCACGACACACUUUCUACACCGAACUGUUUCUGUAAACCUCUCCAAACCCUCCAAUUUCUUUUCUUUUACGCUCUGUGGCGCUCAUUUGAGUGACAUCUGUCCUUAUGUUGGAUCAAAUACCGUGUCCUGCUUUCAUGACACGCUCCUGAACUAGGGGCACAACAUCGAUUACCUUUUUGUACCUUUUAAUGUGUAUCUUUUAAAGUAUAUUUAAUACAGUGUACAUUUAAAACUUGAUUUUAAUCAGUGAUCCUUUUUAGAGUAAAGCUUUAGAGGUGCACUACAUGUUCCUUUCUAGGUAAAAGAUACAUAAAGGUGCAAAAGUAAAGGUACCCGUUCGUUCUGAUCUCGGUGUCGACUCUCUCCAUUUGAUUCUUUAUAGCGAAUAGGGAAGGAGCGAGACAUGAAGCGAUCACAGAUCUCUAGGGCUUUCGCUUUCUAUCUCUACCUACACUAGUCUGAAAUCUCUCUUCUCCCUUCUUCUUCUACACACACACACACACACGCAUAUAUACACACACACACACUCAUGCGUAUGGCAUUUUAUGGCUGCCGGCUAGUACCAGUUACUUUUUUCUUUUUUCUUUUUUUUUUUUUAUAAACCGAAUUUUCAAUAUUGUGAUGAAAAAGAAAGGAUGAUUGUAUGGUAUGAUUGUGGGAAUUAAAAUAUCAGCCAUAUGAAUGUUUAACAUCGGCGCUAUCGUUUCCACUCGUAUUUCUUCCGGUCUGUUGAUCUGCUUUUCGUUUAGACGUAGACGGUUGCGUAAAAAUUUUUCCAGACUGCACAGAUUUUCCAGACGGACCAGGAAGUGCUGGAACAACCGAUCCGAUUAUUUCUUAGAGGUUGAGAUUAACAUUGCAGUGUGUGAAUGUGUUUAUUGGAGGAAUGUUUGGGAUGCACCACCUGGGUACCGGUGGACUGAUAUGAAACCGAUAUCCGGAUCGCUGUUGGUUUAAAUCUGUCACAAUUUUCCAAAUACUGUGAAAGGGUUUCUGGAUUACUGAUAACACAGACGAUUAUGCAGUGAUUAUAAGACAUAACCGAAGGAGUUUAUCUGUUUACAGCUGGCAGGUUAGGAUCGUUCAGACCAAAGACCUUGUCAGUAUCUGUGUUUGAUGCCGAAUGGGGUCGAGUUCUCAUAGUGAAUUGACUAAACUCCAGUUUAUGCAAAAUAUCCAAUAUAUUUAGCCAUCAAACCUGCUGAAUAGCUUGAUAACUAUCUUUAGUUAAGCGUUUGAAUAUUUUGAGUUUGGCUGCUGUUUAAUAAAUCUGUAAGAACCGUGACUGACCAAGUCGAGACUCUGACUCGUGUCGAGCAUUGACCAUGCAAUGACCGUGCAAUCAGGUUUUUCUAAUUCAGCGAGAAUACGUAGGUCUAUUUCCAAAUUGUUUGCUCAUGUUCGUGUGGCACGCGUAACGACAGAUCGUUAUCGUGUAUAGCGGGUCAUAUAUAAGUCGUAGACCACCAUUGUGUUUGUUCUUUCGUUCAUUUAUGUUCCUUCGUUCUUAAUUAUCUGUAGGCAAACAAUAACGAUAGGCAAACGUACAGAAUAUAACCGCAUUUAAAAUAAAACGGCCAUGUAGUACUUAUUAAUGCAGGUCCAAAUGGCGUAUAAAUUAUUUAUUCAUUCAUGUAUUCAUAUUCACAACAGUAAGACGCUAUCUAAAGAUCGCCCAGUAUGUUCUAUAUUUUAAUUUUAUUCUAUUCUAUUCCUGGCUGGAAUAAUUUAAUACAGUAUAGCUGUUUGAUUGAAAAUAAAAGGAUUUAGACCCUAGUUCUGUACAUAUUUUAUCUCAUAAAGCAUUUUUUUUUUAGUGGUGUAAUGCAACCACUCAAUUAAAAAAAUCAUUUUCCAAUAAGAGAGACCGAGCGAGAGAGAGCACAAGCUCCUCUAUUUCCUCCUAGCCAAUCAGAUUUGAGAAUCCAUUACUGUUCAUUAUUACUCCACGUUCAGAGUUUCAGCACCUCUAGAAAAUCUAGAUUCGGUCAUACACAGCUCUGAUAUCGGUAUCGUAUCACGUUGGGAACACUAGGUGCAUCUCUGUUUUAAUGAAUACUGACGAUAUGCAGAAUUCGUCUACACAGAUCUCGGAUUUCAUUCGAAAUCCCGUUCAAAACGUCUUCACUACGCAAAGCAGUUAUCGCAAGUUAUCUUAAGUUUUCAAGCUUUUUUUCUGACUCGUUUUGGUAUUCGGUGUGAACAGGUGUCUAAUAGUGAAGUUUGAUUUUUAGCUUCCUUUAUUAUUGAUUAUUAUCGUGCGAACUGACUCCGCCCACACGUUCGAGUACAGCGCAGAACCGUGAGACUUCACAGCCACGUGAAGGGCUGCUACACAGAGUAGUGUGUUCUCACUGAUAAGGUUUUAUUCAGCUCCUCAGGAGAUCAGCAGCCGGUGAGACCAAAUCACGCUGGAGCUGUGCAGAGUUUACAUUUGACUCCUUUUUAAGCUUUUCAGAUCAGAGCUUCACUGUAAGGUCUGUAAUCUUCUGCUCGAAACCGUUCAGUAUUGCAUUCUGUUUUUCUACAAAACAAUAAACAAAUGUAUAUUUUUUGAAUUAA